UUUAAACGGAUUCUCACACAGUUAUAAGCCGCAGUGUUGCUCGAGUCGCCGUGUGAGGAGUUUCGUAUUUUUAUACUCUUUCAACUGUUGCCUGAUUCUUAACCCCAGAUUCUAAGGACGUUCUUGAAUUUUUUUUUCAGUUACAAUGUCGACGCCAGUGGGGACAUCUAUUACUGCAAGCAGCGAGGAAACUCCUCAUUUCGAAGUUCUAGAUCGUGUAUGUAAUAUCCCAGUGAUACAUUCAGCUAUUGAAAAAACUGGAUCUACCUACUCGUACAUAAAGGAAUCUCAUCACUUGAUAAACUGGGCUCUCAGUCAUGCCGAAGCUGGUGUCCAUUUUGCGGCAUCGGCUGCAACUCCCAUAGCAGCUCCGUUGGCAAAGAAAUUGGAAGGUCCAAUCAAUGCAGUUGAUCAGAAACUAUGCGAAGGUUUGGAUAUCGUCGAACAAAAAGUACCGAUUGUCAAGAAACCACCUCAAGAGAUUUACGAGGCGGCCAAAAAUGUGAUGAGCAGUUCGUUACAGCCAACAGUUGAGAAACUUAUUGCUGCCAAAGAAUCAGCCACUCAGCAAGCGUCUACUUUAAAGGAUAUCAGUAUAUCAAAGGCUAAUGAAAUUCUCAGUACGAAAUAUGGCACAAAGGCGGUUGAGGGAGUGGAUAACACAAGUGUUCUAAUAAACCGUUUAUUGGAACACUAUUUUCCACCUGUAGAGCCAGAAGAAUCUGUGCCAGCUCCAAUCUCAGCGGAUGAGAACAAAGUUUUACACGCCGUACAAACUAUUGGGCAGUUGUCAACGAAAACAGCCAAUCGUGUCUAUCAUUCGGUAGCUGCGCAAUUAAAAACAAUUAAAAAAGAAGAUGUCUCUAACUAUAUGAAUAGUGUCGUGUCCAUUUUACAUCUAACAAAUUUCCUUAACAUCGAUCAGAAAAAGAUUUCAGAACAAGACGUUGGCACUUCGAAAACGCAAAGUGAAGGAAGCGCACAGUUGGAAGUUAAGAAGGAUAACAUUGAGAAAUAAAUCGUAAUUGUUUCAUGUAAUUUGUCUUGCAUGGCCUUUGGUGUUUAAAAGCUCUUGCGAUAUAUUUAUAUAAGCAGAACUUCUUUAUAUAUGUUUCAACGUAUUUUAGGUUGAAGUUGCAUUAUUUGGAAGCGCCUCAAUAUUUUGGCGUUACCACUGUUCCAAAAAGUUCCAAAAGAUUCGUGUAAUUUUUAUUUUGCACAAAGUCAAAAAUUUUGAAGAGAAAUUGUACACUUUUAUACGUUGAUUUUAGUAAUUAUAUUUUUCAUCGUAUAAGAUAUGUCUGUUACUUUAUAUAAAUAAAUAUUUAACUAAA